UCUUUGUUUUGUGUUGUAUUAGUUGUUAUUGCAUUUUUAUCUUUUAUUGAAAAGUGCUGUAGCGUUCUUGUGUAUUUUUAUCAGAAUCUAUAUAUAAUAGCAAUUGUUUAAUGAUCUAAGAUUAAUUGUUUAAAAAAAUUCCCUGUAUUAUUUUGCCAUUUUUAAUUUAAAAAAUAAGUAGGCUAUUACUAAUCCAGACAACAGUUCCAAUUCUACUACUAUUUAGCAUAGUUUGGGUUGAUUAAUUGAUAUAAACAUGAGAUCUUUGGAUGUUUUCUUAACUCAGACAUUCCUUUCAUUAGAGACAUUUCUUCAAAGAGCAACAACGUUGAAUAUAUUUGAAGCACUGAUAUUCAAUUACAAAAUAAAAGUCGAUUCAGUGGAACAAUGUUCACCACAGUUUACUACAUUUGUAAUGGACCUGUGCAACGAACUUCAGAUGAUUCUACAAGAGAGUGCAAUUGAUGGAAAUGACAAGCCUGAAUGCAUAGAUAAGGCAGUGGCGACGUUUUGUGAAUUACAGCCGGCCAACCCUGAUUUUGAGGUGUUUGAUGCACCACUGCCAAACCAUCAAGAAGUUGGACCCAAGGACCAAUGGGAGCUGAAGGAUUGUGACAGUGUCGGCAAGGAAAUAGAUAUUAGGUUUGUGGAACUGAAAGAAACUCCGAUUACGCAGCAGUCAAACAAGCAGAACUCGGUGUAUACUUGUGAACAUUGCAAUAGGAAGUACAGGACAAGUGAGAAGUUCCUGAAGCACAGUUGCAAGGCAGCUCCUGUCACUGACACAAGAGAUGACGAGUCUGUGGACGAUCCGGAGCCUGUGGCCUCAGAACAGGAGCAUGUUUCUCAGACAUCUUGUGAGGAGGUCGAAUUGUCCGUGUAUGUCUGUUCCGUUUGCUACUCCACGUACAGUCGGAGGGAGAUGUUCGAUCAACAUACACACACUGACAAUACUCAGGAAGUGGAGCUGAUGACAGACACUGCGCAGUUGCAGAGACACCGCAAAUUCGUGUGUGGCGUUUGUAGUGAGGUGUAUCGUAGCUUGGGGCGAAUCGCGUAUCACGCUGCGCGCUGCCAUGCCGGCCCCUACCAGUGUGAACUGUGCGUUCAUGUUGCCACUACCAAGCAACUUCUCAAUCGUCACAAGAAGAAGUGUCACAAAGGAGUGGAGAGUUUCUUCUGUACGGAAUGUGGGCUGGGCUUCAAGCGACGCACUUCUCUGCAGAAACACCUUGUCAACCGACAUGAGAGCGGCCAGGACCACUUUGUCUGCGACAUUGACGGUUGCAGUCAGUUGUUUCCCAAGAAGAUACACUUGACCAACCACAAGAUAGAGGUCCAUGGAAUGGAGAGGAAGUUUCUGUGUCAGGUGUGUGGACACAAGUUCAUGACUCAAGACAGUCUGUCUCGUCACCUCGAGUUCCACACCAACAAGAAGAGAUUUGAGUGUCGCAUCUGCUCCAAACUGUUUGCCACCAAUGAGAAAUUAACCUUCCAUGUACGAACUCACACGGGGGAGAAACCGUUUGUGUGUGACCGGUUGGGAUGUACCAAAUCGUUUGUGUCCAAGGCCAAGUUGACGGAACACUUGCAACGUCACAAUGGAGAGAAGCGGCACAAAUGUCCUGUCUGUGGGAAGCAGUACGCCAACAAACCUGACCUCAGGAUACAUCUCAGGAAAAUCCACCCAUCUGGAGAGAAUUUAGUUGAUACGGCACCAGCUGAUAGUGAGUGUAUAGUAGCGACUCCGGACUUGCCAAGAGUGGAACAGCAUCCGGAGCCUUCCGGUGUGGAUAUGUACCCUUCUUCACUGAUCCUGCAAGUUGACAACCCUGGUAGUCAGUUGUACAACAGCAUGCAGUUCUAUCAGGAGCCGUUGCAGAUGGUGAGAUCGGUGACUGUUCCGCAGAGUGUGGUCAUCACCAGCUACGAGACGGUCAUGGGCAUGUGAAUCUGAGAUGGACUACUCUUCUCCUGGAACCACAAGUCAGGAACAUGUUUGAUCAAUCCACAUUGAAUUACAGCUCCAAGAGGAGUGUAAAUAUCAGCAUGUUUGUUCAUUGGCAAUAUGCAGAAUUCUGCACCUUACUUCUGCUGACGCUUUAUGAUGUAAUGCACAUCUGAAAGCAUUAUGAUUCCUUUCUGGUCUAGUUGUCAUACAUGAAAAUGGAAAAGCUAUCAGUGAAACAACUGUUAGAAUUCAAUAAAGGCUAUAAGAAUAGUUUUAAGUUAGAUAUGAUUGGUUAGUAAUUGUGAACCACCUCCUCAGAAAAAAGAGGGAAAUCAUUCAAGCAGCACAUGAAUUAAGCAAAGACUUUUUUUAAGUAAAAGGUUUUUGUUUUGAAAGUUAUUUUUUUUAUCAAAACAAAAAUAUUUUUGGAAUAGUUUGUUUCUUAAAUACAACAUGGGAUUAACUAUAUAGAAUUGUAGUCCAAAGUACAAAGAAUCCUUGAUGGUGUAGUAAAACGAGAAUACAAGAAAUUUAAGCACUCAUACUACAACAUUUUUCUUUUUCAAUUCAAAUUCAUAGUCAUGAAAUCUGUAAACUAGUGACUACACUUGAAUUCUUUACUAUAUGAGAGGAUUUUACAGAAACUGUGUACUAUAACGGCUGUGAUAAACUAAUUUUAAUUUGAAUGUCGUAAGUGGUUGAAGACAAAACUCAUUCUCAAGGGUGUUAGAUCACCAAAUAAAUAUUGUAUUUUCAGUCAGUGUCAUGAAAUCCUGACGCUAAAAAUUAGGUUUAAAUAAACUACAUGUAUUUUGCAUGUACAUAGUACUUUCUUGCUAUCAAAGUGGGAUUAAGCCUCUUCUUAUCACAAUAAUACCCUUACGCUUUAGAACGAAAUUUUGGGAUGAUAAAAUAAAUUUGAUUAUUUGUUUAUGAAACAAGAUUCUAUUCUGAUCAAGCAUAAUAAAAUUUUUAAAUUUAUUUCUUGAAAAAUGUUGAUAAUACACAAAAGUAAUUUUUUAUUUUAAAAUUAAAAUAUAUAAGGUAUAUUUUGUAUGGAGUACUGAACAGCAAAAAAACGAAGACGUAGAGCAAUAAAGUUUUGUAUGUAAUGAUUAUUACCUAGUAUUAAGUUAUUUAUGGCAGUUUACAGUCUUUUGGAUCAUUGUAUACAAAUUAUACAUAUUGGUAAUUAUACACAAAGGUAUGAAUAUAAAAUAUUAAAUCAAGUAAUUUUUGCAAGUAUAAAAAAAAAAUGAACAUAUCAGAUUUCAGAGUUGAAUUAGUUAUUAUUAAGUUAAUACAACUUUUACUUUUGCAUGAAUUAUUUAGGGUACAAAAUUUACAUUUUUAAUUCAGUAAACAAAAUUAGUCAGCUAUUUUUCUUCAUAUAUUGUGUAUAAAAUGGUGUAUGGACUUUGAUCGUUUGUAACAAAACAAACCAAUAUAAAAAUAUUCUGACAUUACAGAAUGGUUGUAAAAUUGAAUCACAAGAAAAGCAGCUAUAUAGUUUUAGCAUUAAUGUGAUGUUGUCUGGUACAUUUAUUUACCAUAUUAGACCUGUAAAAUAACAGAAUUUUGUAUAAAAAUUUAUAUUUAUUUAUAAUUUAUGUAUAACACGAUUCAGCAGCUUCUUACUUUACUUUGAUUAUCGUUAUAAACUUCAGUGCAGUAUUUAUUUUACAGUAUUAAUAUAAUGUUAUAUUUUUGUACAUACAUAUUAGUCUUCCAAAUCAAAAGGUUGUUGUUAAUUUGGUGUAAUUGAUGUAAAUAUUUGUGGAGAAUAAUUUCUGUUUGUUUUAUAUUAAACAAUAUUCAAUGAUUAAA